GUGAGUAACAGAUGCAGAUGUAACCGGUCAUGUUGUGUAACUUCCUGUGUUCGCCGUCUCCUCUUGUACCUAGUUGUUGUCACAUUUCGUUUCAAAGCCCUGAUGGCUGCAGCCUUUCGUUAUCUUCACUUUGUCUCAAGGACAGGCACUUUGGCAGCUGGCCAAGUGAGGUCCUUCAGUGUGUCAAUACAAAGGACUGGGUUCAAGUAUGUGAAUGCCCAGGAGAUCCCAUCAGACAUGAAGUCCAUCACAGACCGAGCUGCACAGACGCUGAUGUGGACAGAGCUGAUCAGAGGUCUGGGCAUGACGAUGAGCUACCUGUUCAGAGAACCUGCCACCAUUAACUACCCGUUUGAAAAGGGACCUCUGUCACCACGCUUCAGAGGGGAACAUGCUCUGCGCAGGUACCCCUCAGGAGAGGAGCGCUGCAUUGCCUGCAAACUUUGUGAAGCCAUUUGCCCUGCCCAGGCCAUCACCAUCGAAGCAGAGACUCGCGCUGAUGGCAGCAGGAGGACUACUCGCUACGACAUCGACAUGACCAAGUGCAUCUACUGUGGGUUCUGUCAGGAGGCAUGUCCUGUGGAUGCCAUCGUAGAGGGCCCUAACUUUGAGUUUUCCACUGAAACGCAUGAAGAACUGCUCUACAACAAGGAGAAGCUGCUGAACAAUGGAGAUAAAUGGGAGGCUGAGAUCGCUGCCAACAUACAGGCUGAUUACCUCUAUCGAUAGAGGUCUAACACACAGCACCUACGUUACCGGGGAAGACUUUAAACGUGACACGUGUUGAUUCUGUACAUACUGUAAGAAUGCAAACUCAGAUUUGAUGGGUGUGCUUCAGGGUUGGAUUCAGGUUUGUUGAAGGAGCCUUUGUUAACAACAACUUAACUAAAACUGACCUUUUUAAGUUUAGUCUCAUUUUGUUAUCAUAAAUAUUCUUUAUGUUUCCACCUCAAUGUCCUGGGAUUGUUCAUUGUGCAUAUUUAUUAUGGUAUAAAAAUUCUUCACCAUUUUGUGUCCACAGCUUUGUCCAGUGUGUGUGGGAAGUCUUUUAUGAACUCCACACUAUUCGUUCUGGUAAUGCAUAAGAUGUAUAUGGUGCCUCUUCUGCUGAUUAAACAUGCAUAUAAAUGUCAGCUAUUUCAUCAGACUGGUUAUUUUAAUAGCCACACUCAAGUGGCUCUUACAUUAGUCCGAUAGUAUCUUAUUUUGCCAGGACGACUCAAUAAGUUGAAAACAUCCACACACUGAAUCCACAGUAGGAUUUUUUCCUUCAUUUCUUACAAAACCUAUUAUUACUAAAUGUCUACAGAACAAUUUUCCAACUUGCUGGUUUGUAGAUUUGACUUGGAGAUGAUGGCUGCCAGCUGGUAGCAGCAUAAUGGAAUUGUAUUUACACAAGAAUUGGACAGUUGAGCUAAGCUACUGUAGGACUUCCCCACUGGACAUUUCUACAGUCCCUCUGUGUUGGACACCAAGGUCAGAUAAUAAAAGAUAACAUUCAAUGCUGAUGUUCACACAAAGGUGAAUACAUUGUUUUCUUGGAUUCACUGCAGACUUAUAGGGUCUUCAUUCUGUUUCCACCUUGAAGCAAAUAAUAAAAUGUAAACUUGAAAUGAAA